AUGAAGCUAAAGGUUUGGAACACUGAAGUGUUUGGUAAUAUUACCACUAAGCUCAAGGAAACAGGGAAGGAAUUGCAUGCCUUUAACAGAAUAGCAGAGGAAAGAGUACUGCUCCAAUCAGAAAUGGAUCGAAGAAGAGAAGUGAGAUGUGAAGUGUGGAAACUCUACAGGAAGGUGGAGUGGCUAUGGCAUCAACAAUCCCGAAUGAAUUGGUCUUUGCAAGGGGACAAAAAUACUAGGUUCUUUUAUGCUGUUGUAAGUACCAGACAUAAUAGGAACAUGAUAAAUUUCAUCUCAGUUAAUGGUGUGUCUCUCGAGGAGCCAAGCAGAGUUAAACAUGAGGUGUUCCUUUAUUUUAAGAAACACUUCAAGGAAGGUUGGGUCAAGAGGCCUGUAUUGGAAGGGGAUUUCAGAUUAAUUGAGGACACCAUUUCCCAUCAUCUCGUAUCAGUCUUCACUGAAGCAAAGGUAUGGGCUGCAAUUAAAGAGAGUAAUAGCAACAAGCCUUCCGGACCAAAUGGGUUUAAUCUCCUAUGCUAUCAGAAGUUUUGA